AUGGGAGAUCGCGACGAGGACCACCACAGCAUAUGCAGUCGGCCAGGCUAUGAUGCCACGUUCAUGAAGGAAGGGUAUCUGCAGAAGAAAGGGCAGCUGCUCAAGGGAUGGAAGAAGCGGUGGUUUGUCUGUGACGGCCGGUCUCUCAGCUAUUACAGCACAAAGCUGGAAAAGAAGCCGAAUGCCGUGAUCCCUCUCGAGUCGGCGACUGUCCAGGAUGGGGGAACGAGCGAGACUUGGAACUCUCCGCGCAUCUACCUCACCGACGGUACCAGCGGCACCAUGUACUGUUUGUCUGGGGACGAAGGCGAUGUUGUGUCGCAAUGGCUCGACGUGUUGGACCGUGCUGUCAAGCGCAUUCAUGAGAAACGUGAGCUGAGUCAACCUAUCGGCGUCGUGCCUCGCAGCAAGAGCCACAUCACCCCAUUCGACGAAGAAGAGGGGCGUCAGAAACCGAUCAUGUCCGACAAAUCUCCCACGCGGAAGGCGCUGCUUGCCUCGUCCUUCUCUGACAUCAAUGCUACGAAACCCCGCGGGUCGUCUGAUCAUGCGGCAUCGCCGUUUAUAUCGUCGAAGCCCGGCGGCACUCACCUCCCGACCACGAUCCGACUCGAGAACGAGCUAUCGACGGCGUCCGAGCUGCUCAACUGUCUGCUCUUCAACAAGACUACUACCUCAGAUCACACGUCCUCGCCCAUUCAAUUCCAUUACGAUGGCGUCGUCGAUGGGGUCCGCAUCAGCUCGGCCGUGGACCCGACCACGGGGAAGCACUACGCCCGAGGGAGUUCAAUCCUUCCGGUGGCGCCAUCGCUCGCCCUGCGCAUCCUGCUGGACCACCACAGGCGCCACGAAUGGGACAGUUUGUUCCCGCACUCGACGCAUGUAGCUACGUAUGGGGGCUCCACGGACCUCAUCCACCUCUGCGGCGGAGAUGAGUCGGGGUUCUUUGAUGGACCGCUCUUGGCCAGUGCGUCGUCGCCCGUGCUGCCCGCCGCGGCCGCCGCUAUCGUGUCUGGCGUACUGGCGCCGUCUGACUGGCUGGUACAUGCUGCCGCCGGCGCGGUAGUCGCCGGGGUCGCCGCAUCGGUCGACUGGCGGCCGCUCGCCUGUCCGCGCGACUUGCUCCUCCUUCGGCAUGUGUACGAAGCGAUGACGUUGUCGUCGUCGUCGAUGACCGACCGGUCGUCGUGCCAGCACUUGCUGGAUGCCGUGGGGGUGUCGAGCGGGGCGAACGCAAUGAUCAUUGCCGAAAUGUCCGUAGCCAACGAACUCAAGCCGGUGGUGAGGGGGGUCGUGCGCGCACACAUUGGGGUCAGCGGGUGGUUAGUGGAGCCUCUCGACACCGAAUCGACCCUCGUCACGUACGUAACAGACCUGAACGUGAAGGGAUGGAUUCCGUCCUACGUCCACCGCGCGAUUCACGCGCGACGGAUGCGAUGCUUGGCAGCCAUCUCGGCGUUCGUGUCGCAGGCCAAAGUCCUUGGGCCGACCUUGGGCUACGACGACGACGACGACUACAACGACGAGGUUCUGCUGGGAGCGAACAACAGCGGCAGCAGCAGCAACAUCUUGGGGGGGCGGUCGUCCGCGGCGCUAGGCAUGCGGGGCGACGACGGCAAUCCCGCGGCGGCGUUCCAUCCCCGCGAUUACUUUCGCAUGGUGGUGCAGGUCCCAUCCGGGGGUGUGAAACUCACCGACAAGGACAUCGCCAAGAAACAGAACGGCGUGCUCAUGGAAGUGAUCAAGAACAUGGGCACGAAACUGCUGGACGGCAAGUCGGCCGUGAGUCUGUCGCUGCCCGUGCGCAUCUUUGAGCCGCGCACAAUGCUGGACCGCCUCGUCGACCUGUACUUGUACGCGCCCAACUAUUUGAGCGCCGCUAACGACGCCACCGACAUGGUCGAGCGCUUCAAGCUGACGAUGGCGUUCGCGGUCGCGGGGUGGCACCACACGGUGGGGUGCAUGAAGCCGUUCAGUCCUAUUCUCGGCGAGACGAUGCAGGCCGAAUUCGUCGACGGCGCCACGGUGCACUGCGAGCACGCAAGCCACCACCCACCGAUCAGCUACGCGCAGAUCGUCGGGCCCAAGUACAAGGUGCACUCGUACUCGAUCUUGAACGGCAGUUUGCAGACCAACUGCAUCGUGCAAGUGCAGCAAGGGCCCGUGCGCGUAACGUUCCUCGACGGCGCUGUGAUCGAGUUCACAUUGCCUGCGAUCCGCAUGGGCGGGUUCCUCUGGGGCGACCGCGUGGUGGAGCUAGUGGGGUCGAUUCACUUUCAAGACAAGGCCAACGGCAUCUCUUGCGAGCUCAAACUCAACCCGGACGAGAAGAAGGGCAUGUUCGCGUCCAACAAGGUGCCGACGGAUCGAUUCCGCGGCACGCUCGUGUCCAAGAUGGACGACGUGUGCGAAGUAUCGGGGUCGUGGCUCGAAGAGCUUCGGUUUGGGGACCACGUGUACUGGAACCUGCAAACGGACCGGUGUGCCCCCGUCGUGCGGCUGCCAGACGACAAGGUCCUCCCAUCCGACAGCCGCAACCGCCAAGACCUGAAAUUCCUCGGCCAAGAUGACCUUGACGAAGCGCAAGAGUGGAAACUCACGCUCGAAAAACUGCAGCGCGCAGACCGCACCAAACGAAAAGAGGGACGCCGCCCGAACCAUUGGACGUAUGGUAGUACGGCAUCGGGCCACUAA